UUGAGCUUAAGGUAAGAAUGUGUUGCACAGGUUGCGUUAGGAUCGUUAAGAACGCAAUCUCCAAGCUCCGAGGAGUUGAUUCAGUGGAGGUGGAGAGAGAGCUAGGAAGAGUGAGAGUGGUGGGUUACGUUGACAGAAACAAAGUACUCAAAGCCGUGAGGCGAGCCGGGAAGAGAGCUGAGUUUUGGCCAUACCCUGAGCCUCCACUUUACUUCACAUCUACUCAAAACUAUUUCGUAGAUCCUUCCAAAGAGUUUAAAGAGAGCUAUAACUAUUAUAGACAUGGCUACAAUGGUACGGAGCAACAUGGUAAUAUCCCCGUAGGUUCUCGUGGAGACGACAGAGUUAGUAAUAUGUUUAAUGACGAUAACGUCAAUGCAUGCUGUCUCAUGUAAUUUAACUACGGAACAAUAACAUAACUAA